UCUAUCCGUUGCAUUACUAGCUGGUUUCUUUCAGAGAGAGCUCUGCAGACGUGAAAAUACCACGAUUCCUGCCGGAGUGGAACUCUCGCCAGUUGCCACAGUCUUUCCUGGAUUCCCUUCAACCUUCUCGCCGCAUUUCUCCAUCCUAGGUUUUCUGGAAUGAGCUGUUUUCCUGCUUGCGUCGUUUCCAUGUCAGCAUGGGAACUGCCGUGUCCAAAAGGAAGAAUAUAAGAAACGAUGCGACAUCUUCCGUGGCAGCAAAAGUUAGGGCAGCAGCAGCGUUUGGAGAGUACCUGUCCCACGCACACCCUGAGAACCGAAACAGUUCAGCCCAUCUCCUGUCUGACACGUUUGUGGGCCCAGACUCUGUCUCCCCUGGCGGUGUCCGUCACCACAACAACAACUAUCCAUACCCCCACAGGGGCUCUCCGGCCUCCCCUGAGUCCAGCCUGGUGAAGCAUCCGCUGGACCACCUCCAGCCUCCGCCCGCCUCCAUCACCACCACCAAGACCCGCCUGUCUCUGGAGCGCAGCUUCUCGGCCGAGGAGGACCAGCAGAAGUGUGUGGAGUGCGCCCUGCAGCCCGCCCGCGUCUACACCAUCACCGGAGAGCACGGCAUGCUGGGUAGUAACCGGGACAGCAAGGAGAGCCUGGAGCUGGAGCUGCUGAAGGGGGCGUCGCCCCUGGUCCAGCCCUCCACCUCCCCCUCCUCCACCUCCUCCUCCUCACCCAUCCAGCACCACCUCCGUCACGGUCACCGCAGCAACACUCACCGCGAUGACGGGAGCCAUCGUCACGGCAACCCCGUGGCCGGCGGCAGUGGCAGCAACCAUCACACUCUGAAUGUUACCGGUGGGGGAGCCUCCCACCAUGGUCACCAUGGCAGCCACCACCACCUAUCCCAGCAGCCUCUGUCGAGCUCGGUCAGCGCGCAAAACAUUCGCAGCUGGGGCGAGGGGGGCAAGGGGGACUCACGGGAGGACUGCAGCCUCAAUGUGGUCUUGGACUCUAGUGGGGCCCCGUCCCGUAGCCAGGGCUCCCUGGAUCUAGAGAGCUCCCGCGAGGCAGGCAAGCAACACAGGCGCCUAGAGAGGAUGUGCAGUGUGGACCGGAUGACUGGGCUGGAGAGAGAGGACAACAACUGGUACCCAAAAGACAAUAUGUUUAGCUUUCAGACUGCUACUACCACCAUGCAGGCGAUAUCGAACUUCCGGAAGCAUCUCAGAAUGGUGGGCAGCAGGAGGAUGAAGGCACAGACAUUUGCCGAGCGUAGAGCGAUGAGUUUCAACCGCUCCUGGAGUGACCCCACCCCUGUCAAGAAUGACUCUCCACAUGACCCCAGAGACAGUGGGGACCUGCCUGCCUCGUGUGGGACCCUGGAUGAGGGGGAGCGUGAGGAGCUAGACUGGGAGGAGGAGAGGGAGAUGGAGAGACUUGCCUGUGAGGGAGAUGACUUCAUCCCACCCAAAAUCAUGCUGAUCUCCUCCAAAGUCCCCAAGGCGGAGUACGUUCCCACCAUCAUCCGCAGGGAUGACCCCUCAAUCAUCCCUAUCCUCUAUGACCAUGAACAUGCUACGUUUGAUGAUAUCCUCGAGGAGAUUGAGAAGAAGCUAACAGCCUACAGGAGAGGCAGCAGAAUCUGGAGGAUGCUCAUCUUCUGUCAGGGAGGUCCAGGGCAUCUGUACCUGUUGAAGAAUAAAGUGGCCACAUUCGCCAAGGUGGAGAAAGAAGAGGACAUGAGCCAGUUCUGGAGGAGGCUGAGUCGGUUUAUGAGCAAAGUGAACCCUGAACCCAACCUCAUCCACAUUAUGGGCUGCUAUGUCCUGGGAAACCCCAAUGGAGAGAAGCUGUUCCAGAAGUUGAAGAACCUGAUGAGGCCUUACUCCAUCGAAUUCGAGUCGCCACUGGAGCUGUCUGCGCAGGGAAAAGAGAUGAUUGAGAUGUACUUUGACUUCCGUCUCUUCCGCCUGUGGAAAACUCGCCAGCACUCUAAACUCCUGGACUACGAGGAUCUUUUAUGACGGGGCUCCAAGUCAAGUCCGUCCUGUAGCAUACAUGCAGUCUAUACUGGGACAGGAGGACCUACUGAACACUACUGCUCAACUCAACCCUACUGCUCAGCACCACUGUAACAUCUAUCACACCUGCUUUCAUCCAGGGGAGGACUGGGAGAGGGGGGUGGAUGAGGAGGAGGACGAAGAGAAGAGGGACAGGAGUGAUAGAGAGGUCGAGGAGGAGGCGAGGGGUGACAGGGCUGUGUGUGUGUCACCCGUUAUUUAUUUCAACCCGCCUCUUCACCGCCUUCGCAACCACUAAGGGUCGAGGGUCAAAAAGAGAGACACCCAAGCAGAAGGGAUGCUAGAAGGACCUGAAGAUGGAGAGAAAGAGUGAACGAGUAGAACGGGAGAGAGAUCUUCUGUGCUCUUGCUCUCUCCCUUUAUGAAACGAGGAACAAAAACCAAUGUAUUAUCAUCAAUGCUCAUAGCACUUUAAAGGUUCUGUUCCGGUUGGACCUCUCAGAGAAAUCCGGAUUGGAAAAGCAAAAUCCACUCCAUAUGUAGGUGUGUAUGUAUACAUCACGUGAAUAUAGUCUCGCUCUAGUCAUUCUCACUCUGUAAGAAUAUGAGACGUUGGUUAUGCUUGCUGUUUCUUCUGAACUCUCCUCUAUAACUCAGGUUUUAGCCAUGAAAUCAUCUCUGUUUAUUUUGAUCCACUGACGCACCAGAUAUUGUAAUCCUCAUUGCCAUUGCUUGGGAUGAAUGUCUAUAUCAUUUCUCUUCUAUCUAUUUCAACUGAUUCAGCUCCAGAGCCAAAAGUGGAGGGGCUGAUGUCACAAAUACAUAUGUGUCUGUGCAUGUGCGUUCAUAGGUCCGUGUUCGUUUGUGUGUGGCUGCGUGCGUGUGCGUUUUCCCUCUCUGAUAUAGCCAUGCUGAACCAUUCCAUUUCACACCACAGAGUGAAGUCACUGACACACACUUCCAGCAGAUGAGUUGUGAUGUCAGACCUGGUAUCAUGGCCAAUAGCUCAAGCAAAACCCCUAUUAGUGGUACCCGGUGGAUCUCUUUCUACUGUCUCCAUCUAAUUUAAAUGGCCCAUGUCAAUACCUUACGUCAGUAGCUGUACUCCAUCUAGCCUCAAGCCAGUUGGUUGCUCUCACCAUCAGCUAGACAGUCCUGGCUCCCCCUCAGGACCCCUUCCUCCACCAGGCCUUGGGACCAGUCAGAAAAUAGGCACUUAAUGAAUUGGUCUGAUCUUCAUCAUUCCAAGCCAUUAAGGAGCCAUCUGGGGCUCAGCAGAGUUAUGUGCUGUAAUGUAUAUGCACCGAGGGGAGAGAGAGUUGUGUGUGUGUGUGUGUGUGUGUGUGUGUGUGUGUGUGUGUGUGUGUGUGUGUGUG